AUGGACAUCCUUUUAAACAGCAAUGCUACCAUGGCAACCACCACAGAUCUCAGUUGGGUAGAAUCCAAGUGGGAGCAAAUGUAUGAAGGCCGUAACCCUCUCUUGGUUACUGGUGUAUUCGCCUUCCUGAUGCACGAACUUGUCUAUUUCGGCCGCUUUAUCCCCUUCUUGAUUUGCGAUUUCAUCCCAUACUUUCAAAAAUACAAAUUACAGCAGAACAAAGCAAACACAAAUCAAGAUUACUGGAAUUGUACUAAAAAAGUGCUCUAUGCUCACUUUGUAUUCGAAGGUCCCUUGAUCUUUUUAUUCCAUCCCUUUGCUACCAUUUUAGGUAUGAAGGUUUCUGCCCCCUUCCCCGCUUGGCAAAAUAUGUUGCCACAAUUGGCCAUUUUCUUCAUCUUUGAGGAUUUCUAUCACUACCAUAUGCAUCGUUUCAUGCACUGGCCACCAUUUUACAAGAAUGUCCACAAGGUGCAUCAUGAAUACGCUGCUCCAUUUGGUAUUGCUGCUGAAUAUGCCCAUCCUAUUGAAACUAUGAUUUUGGGCUUUGGUACUAUUGGCGGCCCUCUUAUUUACCAUGCUUUGACUUCAUUGGUGUUCAAGUUGGACGAUGCUUGGGGUCUUCAUUUGGUCACCAUGUUGUUGUGGAUCGUGUUGAGACUUUUCCAAGCGAUUGAUGCUCAUUCAGGCUACGAUUUCCCUUGGUCUCUCUGUAAUUGGGUUCCCUUCUGGGCCGGUGCUGACCACCAUGAUUACCACCAUCAGGCUUUCAUUGGCAACUAUGCUUCCAGCUUCCGUUGGUGGGAUUAUCUCUUUGGCACAGAUGUCAAGUAUCGUGCUUAUCGUAAACGUCAAGCUGAGGAGCGUCGCAAGUUGAAGAUGAACUAG